AAUGUUUGGUGUGAAUCAUUUAUUUCAAGGUUGCCCUAAUAAAAAGACCUCGCAAGAAUUGCUGGUUCCCUUUUAUGAAGACAAACUGUCGUCAUGGUGGUAGAUACGGUUGAGUGAAUUUGAAAUCUCUUUUAGCAUUUUGCUUUCUCUUCUUAUAGGAAAUGCACAAAAAGAAUGUGUAACAGGUUUUUCCCCUAUCGAAAAACGUUUUUAGACAAUUUUUGGUGGGAGCCACAACAACUCAAUAAUUUAGUACCAAUAAAUCAGAAAUUCUUUUAGUCGACAAGACAAGCAGCCUUAUGGACCUGCACGUGCCGAAACUGACCAAUAGCAGAGGCGCUAAUUUUUUAUUGAACAAAUGAGGCCUAAUGCCACGUUUAAUUGUUAAACUUAUUGGUUAUUCUACGCUCACCAACUAAUCCUAAAACCGAGGGGUUUUGAAGUAGCUUUUCCAUCGAGGCCUUCAAUUUUAAAUUGGAAGCCUCUAGAAGACGUCUUCAGCCACCAUGGUGGAGUCACUAUCGAAGGUACUGAUAUUUUCCGCAUUCCUUUGCGUUUACAUAUAUGAAAUAAAAGGUAGACCAAACAAUUUUGACGAUGUGACUGUAGUGGAGGAUCAAAACAAAUUCGAAGAAAGCGAUCUGUUGAAGAAAUCGAAGACAAACAGUGGCGGGCAAGACAAAGGCCACAAGGAAAACAAAGGAAACAAAAAACAAAUAAUAGAUGCUCUUCACCUAGGUGCCUAUCACCACGGGCACCCUUGGGGUACUGUGUCACAGUGGCCAGGAUUUCAUUGGGCUGGUCACCCAUCGCGUCACGGAGGUUGGACUGGGUAUCCAUCACUUGGAGGAUGGCACAGAUCACACAUUUCCAAAAAGAACUCUAAAAAGUCAGCACAAAAAGCAUCUUUAAAGCGUUAUAUGCUUCCCACGUUUGCCUUUCCAUCAUAUGGAUUCGCAUACCCCUCUUUAGGGUUUGCUGCCGUGCCAUUCACUCCCUCGCCUGGUCCCUGGGGUUAUGCGGCGUAUCGUUCCGAAGUUCCCGAGGAGUCAUCAAAAGGACAAACCAGGUCCUCCAUGAGGGUCUCUAAGGCAAACAAGAGAUGGUGGCCGGGAUAUAUGGGAGGAUGGGGUGGCUGGGGGUUAGGAAAUGGAGGAUACCCUGGAUGGGGUCCUUUAGGCGACUGGGGACAUGGGUACGAUUUCGGUGGAUUUGGCCACGGAUGGGGCAUAGGUUUUGGUAACAGCUACCAUCCUUUCCUGAGAGCUGAAAUUCCUGGAAAACAAGAGAAGAAGGAUAAGGUCCAAAAGCGUUGGUGGCCUGGUUACAUGGGUGGAUGGGGAGGAUGGGGCUUGGGCAACAGUGGUUACCCAGGAUGGGGACCUUUAGGUGAUUAUUGGGGUCAUGGAUGGGGUGGCUACGGUUAUGGACACGGAUUUGGAUUGGGUCAUGGGUAUGGGCAUGGAUUUGGAUUGGGGUACGGAUACGGUCGCGGUUUCCGCUCUGAUGUUCCUGGUACCGAAGAUAGCAAAGAGGAAGAAGGCCCAAAGCGAGGAUUUAUACGCCAACCAUUCGGAGGUAUUGACUUCCCUUGGUAUGGUUACGGGCCAUUUGCAGACUAUGGCUAUCCCUUCUUUGGACAUAGCCAGUACAUCCCCUAUCCAGCGGCACUGUAUGGAGAUUUCACGCCAUUUUAUGGGCUCGGUCCGUAUGCUGGAGGUCCUUUCGGCUAUGGUUUACCUGGAGGACCUGGCUUAUUCAGAUCAAAGAUCCCGAGUGAUAAAUCUAAAAAAGAGCUCAAAAAGGAAGAAAAACCCACCAGCCGGCACUUCGUUCAUAAUUUUCAUCCUGGUCGGAUGGGCUGGGGAGGGGUCCUAUACCCGAGUCACGGCUACCACGGAGUCUUUCCUUUGUUAGGGGCGCACACUUAUGGCCCUUAUGGCGCAGGUUAUUAUGGUCCUUAUGGACCUCCCCGUGGGUCAUUUGGUCCAUAUGUAAGGUCAAAUGUCCCCGAAAAUACGGAAGAAAGCUCCCAGACUAGGCAAGUGAUAAACUACAAUCCUGGUUGCUGUGGAUGGGGAGGAUGUGUAUAUCCCGGUUGUGGUUUUAUCGGUGGGUGGACCUGGCCUCUCCCAUGUCAUUCCCACCACUGUGGUUGUUGCCCAUGCUGGACACGUUCCAAAGCCCCUAAGAAACAGGAGUUGAAGGAGGAAAAAGGGAAAUCUAGACAGGAAAUUGAGAGUCCGGAAGAGGGUGAAGGUAACGAGGGAAAAUCAGACGAUCCACGAACACGUCCCCAUCUGGAGGGCGCCGACUUACUGAACUCAGAGAUGCAGACUUUGGCCAUGGGCUUCCCAGGCGUUGAAAAAUUGCAAACGCCCAUGGGUCUGUCAAGCCAAGGCGGUCAAGAAGCUCAAGGUUUCAGUAAUCCAGGAAUGGAAUCUAAUGGAGAUCAAUCGCCGCCUGAACCAGCUGAAGCACCUGGAAAUGUUGCUGCCAUGACAGGAUUGACCCCAGAUAUAGGUGGAAAUGACCUCAAACCGUCCUCACUGGGAAACAUGGAAGAACAACAAGAUGGCCAACAACAAUCUGCUGAAGACUUAAUGUCCAGCUUCAAUAUGAGUCCUUCAAGUGAGGGAGAGGCACCCGUUGAGUCUUUUGGCGAAACAGGAAAUCCAAACAUGUACCCUACUGGAGCAGAGGAACAAACCACGGAGUCUGCCUCACGUAGAGCUGACAUUCCUGGUCAGGAGGACGAAGAACUAGCCAAGAAACAGGCGGUGGCUUAUCCCUAUCAUUACCUCUACCCAGGUUACACGAUGGCACACGGAAUCAAUCCAUAUUACCAUUUUACGCCAAUAAAUUAUGCGCAACACCUGAUGGCUUACCCUUCGGUGUAUCCACUGGCGCAUACUGGGUAUUUUCCUCAGCCAUUAGCGACAUACCAUGAUCGACCCACGCACUCCAUUCACGUGGGAGCACCCAAUGUUAACGUCGAUGUUCACACGACACGGGAACAUGUUGCCCACAGCCCCGAAAAACAGAGAAGAGGCAAACUGAAAGAACUGGUCGGAGAGUUCUCAGACAAGUUGAAAUUCAAGAGUAAACACAGCCAAUCUUCCCAUGGGAAAAAAGUGGCCAAAAGGCAGAUACCGUCUUUUAUGUCUCCAUCCAUGAGCCGACCAAUGGGAUUUGCACCUCCUCUGAGAUACCCAGCCCCCAACACUGCGAGCCUUAUAGGAAGGAGUGCCUCACUUUUCAGCAUGUAUCCAUCGCUACAACAAUCGCAGCCAUUUAAUGUGAACGCUAUGAGUCGUUCCGGGCUCCCUGCUAUGCCAGCAUCGGUCAUUGGAACAUCUCCACUGGGGUUCGCAGGAAUUAGGGCCCCGCAGAUGCGCCCUGCAUUGACGCCAUCACAGAUGGCCUUUUCACGUCAGUUAUCAAGUAUGACUGGUAUAAGUAUUCCGAUAUCUGCACAGCCUGGGAUGGGAAUAGUAGGCAUGGCCCAAAGAAAGAAACGAUCACCCUCGAAGAAAUCUUCAAAGAAGCACAGCAAGACCACCAAGCGACAGUUUCUGGCUGCCAUACCUCAAGCAUUUCCUUCCGGGUUAUUACCCGCGUUCUCCUUACCAACUGCACCUUUCGCGGGUCCUGCUUCACCGGUUUUUCCCUCGUUUCCUCUAGCACAGACGCAACAACCGAUGGCUUUUAAGUCAAGCGCCUUUCCUACUUUUCAGGCCAAACCGGCCCCUGCCCGUUUAUCAGGGAUGAAAUUGGAGACUUUAGGAGUGAGGCGAAUGCCUAUGAUGUCACCUUUUAGUGGUUUUCCAUACGCGGCCCAAAACAGCCCUUUUGUCAAAGUCCCCCAAUUCCAGAAUGCUAAUUUUUUCAGGGGCACUCCCAGCAGUCCUUGGGCCCCUGUGAGGCAAAGUAUGUCAGGAUAUCCACAAGCUUUUGAAAGAAAUCCAGAGCCUGUAGUACCAGAAAUGCAACAGAGUGAAGGACCGUUACAGAUGAAUGGAGAGCAAUUUGCAGGUUUCAAUCCUUCGAGUUUCGCCGGUCUGGGUGGACCACAGCCCCAGCCAAUGUUUCCUGAAGAAGGACCCGGAUCUGAGCAGCAACAAGCUUUCAUUGCGGGCCCCCAAAAGGAAAUGGCCUCGUUUUACCAAGUCCCUGAAGAAAGUGGAAUGAUGGAGUCACCCCGGUUCAACACGCAGCCUGGUCUUGCUGCCUUAAAGAAGUCUUCAGUUCCAAGUAAGAAACACAACAAACAAAAGACCUCCAAAUCAAAGGGACAGAGUACCCUAUAGAGAAAACAGGUCCGCGGCAGAAAACUGAAUUAAAGUUCAUGGACGAACUGAAGAGCCGUAAGAUUUUCAAGAAAGAGCGGUGUGAGACUCUCAGGGGUGGAUGAAAAAAAUCCUAUGAAACAAACGUUGUUGGAAAGAUUUUGCAAUAUAUACUCGGUUAUUCAUCUAUUUUUAAAAAGAAAGAUUUCACAAUGCCAAAACAAUAAUAUUUAUAUCUACAAUUGACCUCAAAUGAUCUCACUCAAAUGAUCAGCUCGGGCCGAAGGAUUUGAACGUGAUAGGUAUUUAUAGGAUCAAAACAGAUUGAACAUUUUUUAGGAUAGUAUUUAAUGAUAGCCAAAGUAGAAAUAUUUUAGGGGCCCGUUAGAGCCAAGAUCCCGUUUUAAACUGAAUUUACCGUGCAUGCAUACUCAGGAAAGACCCGUUACGGAAGAAUUGUCUUGUGUCAUGGUGUGCUGGGAUAAAGUCUUCUCUUUGGUACCUUAGCUGUCAUUUCGUGUUUCAUGUGAACGAAUUUCAAGAAAAAUUACAAAUAAACUUCACUGAAAUUACAA